AUGUUCGUGAUCUUGGCUUUCUUGGCGACUGCUGCCGCCUACCCGACGAGCCUAAGCUGCGACUUCGCCUGCAUGGGCAACUAUAUGCCCGGCAGCAGCUUCGGGUACAUGGGCGUUGCCAACGUGGGCAACGAGACGGGCACCAACUGCGUGGUCACGACCGACAUCCCUUCCAGUGGGCCUAUGGCGGGUGAGAACUACACAGUGACGGUGACUUCAACAACCAAGUUGGCACAGAAGGUGGUGGCAAGCUCAGGCAAUUUCGGCAGCGACGGCAUGGUGUCCAACGCCGGAGGAAAGGUUAUGUCUCAAGCACAUACUUGGACUGCGGGCGACAGCUCAGUGACCUUCCGAGUUCUUUGUGGCUCUUCCCAGGAGAUGUGGUAUGCUGAUGCCAUGGUGGGCACCACUACAACGGCAACCACAACGACAGCAGUGAGCGGAGUACCGGCUACGGCCAUGAUCCGAGCAGCCGCUUUUGUUCCUCUUUUCGCCUUGUUGGGCGUUUGA